AUGCCAGGCUUGAGCGCCGUGAGAGUUGGUCCCGUUGAACAGCCUGCCAAAAGUGCCGUCAUCUUUUUGCAUGGUAUCGGUGACAGUGGAGCAGGGUGGGCCUUCUUUGCAGAAACGCUGACACGAGACACUGCAUUCAGCCAGACAAGGUUUAUUUUCCCAAACGCUCCGAUCACGAAUAUCGUGGCAAAUGGCAACAACCCGAUGCCCGCUUGGUUCGAUGUCUAUGACUGGAACGAUCUUCAUGCGAAACAGGACACUGUCGGAUUUCUAAAGUCUCUGGAGCAGGUCAAAGCUUUUGUCAAGGAACAAAUGGACCUUGGGAUUGAUCCGAAAAACAUUGUGGUGGGGGGUUUUUCGCAAGGUGCAGCGUUGGCGCUGGCUUCGGCCCUGGUCCUUCCGGUCAAAAUUGGUGGAAUCGUCGCUUUGUCGGGUAUGGCCAGCGCUAACAUUGAUUUUCUCACAGGCCGGAAUAGUUUGAACCGUGAGACACCAGUUUUCCACGGUCACGGUGAUGCAGACCCCGUCGUUCCGCUUGCACUGGGCAAACAGGCUCGUGCGUUGUAUUCAGACACAUGUGGACUACAGAGUUACGAGUUUCAUGAAUAUCCUGGCUUGGCUCACAGUUCGUGUCCCGAAGAGAUCUUGGACACAACUGCGUUUAUCAAGAAGACAAUUGCGUGA